AUGACAGAACCCGAGACCCUGGCCCUGCUGGAAGUGAAGGGGCCUGAGGCCCUGGAGAAGAGCCCACCCCAGGCCUUGGUCCCCAGUGGCCGGAAGCUGGAAGGGGAAGAUGGGGUUGAGUCCCUUGGAGCUGAGUCCUCUAGAGUGGGGUCUUUGGCUGAGUCUCCCACAGCCAGAGAGGGGACCGAGGAUGGUCUAGACAGCACAGUAAGUGAGGCUGCCACUUUGCCUUGGGGAACUGGCCCCCAGCCCAGUGCCCCGUUCCCAGAUCUCCCCGGCUGGAGGAACAUUGAGCCUGAACCCCCUGAGUCAGAGCCACCCACCAAACUAGAGGAGUUGCCCGAAGAUGAAGCCAGCCUGCUUCCCGAGAAGGCAGCCCGGGCCUUCGUGCCCAUCGACCUACAGUGCAUUGAGCGGCAGCCCCAGGAGGACCUCGUUGUAUGCUGUGAGGCCAGCGAGAGCGAGCACCGCCGGACCUUCCUGCCUUCCCGGGCCACCCACCCUGAGCCCCCGGAGUGCAAGUGGGCCGAAGCAGUGGUGAAGCCGCCUGGCCACUCCUGUGGGGGCUGUGGGGGCUGUGGGGGCCGAGAGGUGCUGAGAGCCGUGGCCUCGAUGGGAGGCACCCUCAUCCUCUUCCCCUGCCUGCUCUACGGGUCAUAUGCCUUCCUGCCCUUCGAUGCCCCACGCCUGCCGACCAUGAGCUCCCGCCUCAUCUAUACCUUGCGCUGUGGGGUCUUCGCCACCUUCCCCAUUGUACUGGGGAUCCUGGUGUACGGGCUGAGCCUGUUGUGCUUUUCUGCCCAUCGACCCUUUGGGGAGCCACGGCGGGAGGUGGAGAUCCACUGGCGAUACCUCAAACUGCUCCCUCUACUCACUGGUCUCUUUGCCAUCUCCCGGCUCAUAUACUGGCUGACCUUCGCUGUGGGCCGCUCCUUCCAAGGCUUUGGCUACGGCCUGACGUUCCUGUCUCUGCUGUCCGUGCUGAUGUGGAACUUCUACUACAUGUUCGUGGUGGAACCUGAACGCAUGCUCACUGCCUCUAAGAGCCGCCUGGACUACCCUGACCAUGCCCGCUCAGCCUCAGACUACAGGCCCCGCUCCCGGGGCUGA